AUGCAGCUCGUGAAUCGUGGCCAUCGAAGCAGUAGCACGGUCAGUGCCGACGGGCACCAGUUGCCAUCGACGACCGCGACGGACAUUGCACUGAUGCGAUGGACGUCGCGCGGAUUCACGGCCAUCCCGGUUGAGCCGGACGAUACGGGGUCCACCAGCAGCUCCUCGACCGUUGAUUCACUCGUCGCCACCUCGCACAAUGGGUCGGCACCGGUUGGUGUAACGCCCAGCGCUCCGUCUGCCGGUGGCGCACUGCAAAUCGAGUACCUGACCCUAGACACUGCCACCGGGCAGUGUGGCAGCGGUGCGGCCACGGACGGUGGCAACCGCUGGCACGGGACGACACCCCAGCUGGCUCAUCACAAAGGGCAACGGCGAACGAAGCAGCAUCGCCAUGGCAAUGCUACGUCAUCUUCGGCCUCCGCCUCGAUACAACCGUCCACCACGUCGUCUACCUCCUGUCUGCGCGACUGUCUGCUGUGUCGGUGCUGUCGAAGUGCGAACAUGGACGAGCAGAAGGAAGCCAGCGAUCAGGAGGAAGGCAAUUACGAGUACUGUGAGCUGGAGGAGAUCGUGUCCCCGCCGAAGUACCGACCGGAAUCGAUAGCAGCCCUGUGCGAGGCGACCCGUUUUACCGAGGCAGAAAUCAAGCGGAUCUACCGUGGCUUCAAGGCAGAAUGUCCGGCCGGCAUCAUACGGGAGGAAACGUUCAAGUUCAUCUACUCGCAGUUCUUCCCACAAGGAGCCAAUACAGGUUUAUAUGCACAUUACGUGUUCAACACUUUAGACAAGGAGCAUACAGGCAUUCUUAGCUUCGAGAACUUCGUCCAGGGACUGUCGAUACUGUCGCGGGGCACGCUAGAGGAGAAACUAUGCUGGACGUUCUCGCUGUACGACAUUAACCACGACGGGAAGAUAACGCGCGAAGAAAUGACGGACAUCGUGACGGCCAUCUACGAGCUGAUGGGUGCCCGGGACGAUGGUGGUACCGAUGAGGUUAACAUCAAAAGCAAGGUGGACACCAUUUUCCAGAAGAUGGAUACCAAUCAGGACGGUGUGAUCACGAUCGAAGAGUUUCUCGACUGUUGCCGGAAGGAUCAGCUAAUCUCCAGCUCGAUGGGUGUGUUCGAUUCGACUAUAUGA